UCGGUAUAUAAAUCAUAAUAAAAGUUGUGCGGUGACUUGUGUGAGUGUGGAAAAUGGUAGAGCCAUCGUCGGAGGGUGACGCGGACAAGAUCCGGAAGUUGGUGGGGUUGGGGUACUGGGUGCAGGGCUUCAGGUGCUUCCCAUGGAUGGCCGUCAACUUCUUCCUCAAGGACGGCCUCCACGUGGACCCCUCCACUCUCCAACUCCUGCAGAACUCCGCCAACCUCCCCAUGGUCGCCAAGCCCCUUUACGGUGUCGUUUCAGACGCCGUCUACAUUGCUGGCCAGCACCGUAUUCCCUAUAUUGCCUUUGGAGCGGUCUUACAAGCAGUGUCAUGGCUAGCAAUAGCAAUGCUCUCUGAAUCAGGCACCUCAAUUGGGACCAUAACACUAUAUCUCCUCCUCAGUAAUCUCGGUGCUUCAAUUGCUGAGGUAGCCAAUGAUGCCAUUGUUGCAGAGGCAGGAAAACAGUCUACUCCCCCAAAAAAUUCCCAACCGUCAUCCUCAGGCGAGCUCCAAUCAUUUUCUUCGAUGGCUUCAGCUAUGGGUGGAGUCCUUGGAUGUCUCCUAGGUGGUCUUGCCAUUGACAGAUUAUCUCCCCAAAAGAUGUUCCUGUUCUAUGGCCUUCUCCUCACUGUCCACUUUUUCAUAAGCAUUUUUGUCCAGGAAAGCUCCUUGAACCAUACCGAAGGAACAGCCAAUGUUGGGAUUCGAGAGAAACUUUCUGAGCUCUUGGUUGCAUUAAGAGAACCUGAGAUCACUUACUCAAUAUCAUGGUUUGCGGCAUCUUAUGCCAUUAUUCCAGCAUUGACAGGCACCAUGUUCUUUUACCAGGCACAGUGCUUGAAUAUUGACUCAUCUCUGUUGGGAAUCUCAAAGGUGUUUGGCCAAGUGGCAAUGCUUCUAUGGAGUGUCAUUUAUAAUCGUCACUUGAAGUCGGUCAGACCUAGGAAACUAGUUUCUGCCAUUCAGGUUGCAAUGGCUAUAUUUAUGAUUUCUGAUGCGUUGUUUGUAAAUAGGAUUUAUCAAAAUUACAUGGGGGUGCCAGACAAUUUCUACGUCGUGAUGUUUUCUGGCAUUUCGGAGGUUCUCUUGUUUAUGAAGAUUUUGCCUUUCAGCAUUCUUAUAGCCAAACUCUGCCCACGAGGAUGCGAGGGAUCUCUAAUGGCGUUUGCGAUGUCUGCAAUAGCGGUUGCAUUCAUAGUAAGUGGAUAUCUGGGUGUUGUGCUUGCAUCGUAUGUUGGGGUCACGGGAAAUGACUUUUCAGGGUUUCCACUUGCCCUACUAAUACAAGCACUGCUCACAGUGUUGCCACUAUAUUGGUCAUCGUGUAUCCCUGAUGAUGUAAAAUCAAAAUCCCGUCAGAAGAAGGAAUAGCCGAAAUGAAAUAUGCUAAUCUACUGCUUCUUUGAGUCCCCUCUGGCUUGGAUUGGAAUUUGCACCCCCAGUAAACCAAAAGAAAAUAUUUGAGUAUGUUCUCUUUUUAAAUUUUGCUGUCCCCGUAUUAAUGUACGACUGGAAUUUUUGGCUUCUAGUAUGAUUAGUAUAUGUACUGUAAAGAGAAGUUUUUAUUUAUUAUACAAACAACAAUAAUACUUAGUUCAUGGCUUUUUAGCCAAAAGGGUUCUUAUAA